UUCCUUUUUCACGUUCACCUUUUUAUUCGGUAAUUAGUCAGUCAAUCAAUCAUAUAAAAUUAGUAUCCUUUGUCUUGUUUACUAAUUCAAUGUUCAUUUGAUCUGGUUUUUUUAUCCCUAUACGUCUCUUCUUUGUUCAGCAUUCAUUUGGGUGGAAUAUUUGGGCUUAUUCCUCCCUAGUUCUAUUGAAGAACUAAAAAAAAAUGUUUUGGUUUUGGAUUUUAUUAUGUUUGUCCAUGUUGUAGAGGACUGUGCAAAAUUUCCUGAUUUAAAGUUAUUGGACUGAGGGUUAAAAGAGGGGAAAAAACAACACUAGACGUUUAUUUACACCGUGUUUGGAACCAAUCACAUGUUAAAUUGAAUGCAGUUUAGAUUUGCAUGUAAUGGGAAAUUAAUGUUUUUUUGUAGAUCUCAUUCGUGUUUGGUUUUAUCCUUUCCUUAUUCGAGGUAGGGCAAGCAAAUCAUAUAUAAGUAGACUGUUUAUAGAUUUAAAUAUCAAUUCUCCUCCAAGAACCCAAAAUAAAGGUCCAGAUAGUAAUUCUUCAGCCGCAAGCACAAAACUCGAUCUUCGUCCUCCAUCUUUUAAUAGGUCAAACAACCCAUGUCUGAUGUUUUGAAAAAUGGAUCUGAAGUUAAGCUUCAAAGGAAUGCAUUGAGCGUACUGGAACAUCCUACAGGGAAUGAAGUGGAUGAUGAUAAUGAUUUUGAUACCAGCAGUGGCUCUGACAUUGGUGAACAUGAUUUCUACAGGGGCAGUGAGUUCCAUAAAAUUAGCAAGCCAAGGGUUCGACCAGCCAGGCCAUGGGUUCCGUCUGCACCUGUAAAGUCAACAAAUCGGAACAGUUACAGAGACGUUCAAUCUAUUAUUCACGCCCCCCUGCCGACGGUGAACUUAGGAAGGCUAGGAACUGAAUCACUGCAGAGAUAUUGCAAAGAAUUCAAACUUCCGGGUGUGAACUCCGAGUCAUCAAGGGAACGGAUACUUAAUGCUGCCCAAAUUCAUUUUCCAUCACAGCGACCAUUGAACGAGGUGCAAGUGGUAGCGGAAUUCACUCGUGUGGCAAAGAGACUGAAAGAGAAGGACGGCCCCUCUGAUUGAAAAUCCUGAAUUCACAAGGCCUUGUAUAAUAAUAAUAUAUAUAUUAUUAACCCUAACCUUUAGCCUUAUCCUAAUUAUAUACUGAUAUGUGAGUGGUUAAUUGGAAGACCUUAUUCUUUCUCCCCCGGAUUCGAACCAUGUAAAAUGGCAGACCCCCUAGUUAAUUCCGCUAGAUGCUUCGAGUUCCAUUAUUUAGAAUUGCUUCCUUAGUUGAUCACAGAGAUGUGGAUGAUGUAAAUCUGGCUUUUGGGAUAGAUCAGGUCUCUGAUUGUAGAGCUGUUGAAUUGUUGGGCCGCAAAGCAAUCAAAUCAAGAAGGAUCAAGUUGCAAGAAA